AUAGGAUAGUCCUACCCGGAAAACAGUGAAGGGUAUCACGUAACAUUAGCCUGUAUUUGACCCACCUUUUUGUCUUUCAUCAUACAUAGAACUCUCACAUUGCUGCUUCAGUUUCUGUUGUACACGCUGACAAAACACGCUUCUUCUUAUUUAUAUAUUGCCAUAUCCCUUCUCUCUUUCUCCACCUCUCUUAUUGCUUUCUUUCUUCCAAUGGAAAAGCUUUGUCAUUUUGUAUCUAUUCUCCUUUUCAUUGCUCUGCUAUUUCAUGGAGGAAAGGUGUCAGCUUUGAAGAGUGGAGAUGGAUCAGAGGAAUGGGGAUAUGUAGAAGUUAGACCCAAAGCUCACAUGUUUUGGUGGCUUUAUAGAAGUCCUUAUAAAGUGGAAGAUCACAAUAAGCCAUGGCCAACUAUUCUGUGGUUGCAGGGAGGACCUGGUGGUUCUGGAGUUGGGAUUGGAAAUUUUGAAGAGGUUGGGCCUUUGGACACAAGCUUGAAGCCAAGGAAUUCAACAUGGUUGAGAAAAGCGGAUCUCUUGUUUGUGGACAAUCCGGUUGGAACAGGGUACAGUUAUGUUGAGGACAAAAAUCUCCUAGUGAAAACAGAUAUAGAAGCAGCCACUGAUUUGACUACACUGUUAAUUGAGAUAUUCAACAGAGAUGAAAAGCUGCAAAAGAGCCCGCUGUUCAUUGUGGCAGAGUCUUAUGGUGGCAAAUUUGCUGUCACUCUUGGACUGUCUGCUCUGAAAGCUAUUGAAGAUGGAAAAUUGAAGCUUAAACUUGGAGGUGUGGCAUUAGGAGAUAGUUGGAUCUCCCCAGAAGAUUUUGUGUUCUCAUGGGGUCCUCUCCUUAAAGAUCUCUCACGACUUGAUGAUAAUGGAUUGCAACUAUCAAACAGUUUGGCUCAGAAGAUCAAACAGCAAAUAGCGGAGGGUAGAUUUUUAGAUGCAACCAACACAUGGGGUGAACUUGAGUCCAUGAUUUCAAAAGGCAGCAACAAUGUGGACUUCUACAAUUUGUUGGAGGAUUCAGGAAGUGGUGAUAUAUCAGCAAUGGAGCUGGGAUUGUUCCCAAAAAUAUCAAUUAAGAGAUACUCUAAGUAUCUUACUGCCAUGAGGUCAAGGUCAACUCCUGGGGGUGGUGCUGACCUCGACGAGUUACUAAAUGGUGUCAUAAAGAAGAAGUUACAGAUCAUCCCUGAGAAUGUGACAUGGGGAGGGCAAGCUGAUGAUGUCUUCUCAAGUCUUGCAAGUGAUUUUAUGAGGCCAAGAAUUGAUGAGGUUGAUGAGCUACUCGCUAAAGGGGUCAAUGUGACUGUGUACAAUGGACAAGUUGAUCUGAUUUGUGCAACCAAGGGGACUGAAGCUUGGAUUAGUAAACUUAAAUGGGAAGGGCUUAAAAAUUUCUUGGGUGAAGACAGAACACCCCUUUACUGUGGAAGUGACACAACGAAGACCAAAGGCUUUUUUAGGUCAUACAAAAACCUAUACUUCUAUUGGAUCCUCAAAGCUGGCCAUUUUGUACCCACUGAUCAACCCUGCGUGGCACUAGACAUGGUAGGAGCAAUUACAGAGUCACCAGCUACUUGAUGUUUUUCUGCAUAGAAAAUAAGAAUCAAAAUAAAAAGCUACCAUUUGUAAGGUGAAAAAGCGUACAAGAAAGAGAUUGUUGAUACGGCAAGAAAGAGUCAAUAAACAUACAAUUCCAUUUGACAAUUGAAGUUUAAGAUCAUAUUUAUUUUU